AUGUUGUUCUCUCGCCACGGUCUUGUGGCCCCUUCGCUUGUUGCGCUGCUUUUGACAGGAAAUGCAGUCGCUGAUGACGCAAGAACAAGAGCCCGAGAUGCGCUUCAGACCCUUCAGGGCUGGUAUAACCCCCAAAGUGGCAUUUGGGAUACAUGUGGUUGGUGGGAUGGUGCGAGCUGCAUGAAUACAAUUGCCGAUUUAGCUGCCCUUGACCCAUCAGUAAUGGAUACAGCGACAUAUGUUUUCAAUAACACAUUCAACGUGGGCCCAGUGUCCAAUCCGAAUCCCGGACCUGAGCAUAAGACUGUUUAUACUCGAGAUAACCAACCAUCAACUUCCGUGAACGCCAGCCAGUGGCUCGAUCAAGCUUACGACGAUGAUGGAUGGUGGGCCCUUGCAUGGAUUGCCGCGUACGAUGUCACUAAGGAGGGGAGGUAUCUGGAACUGGCUGAGGGAAUUUUUGAGAGCUUGGCGAACGCAUGGGGCACCAACUGUGGCGGUGGCGGUCUUCCUUGGAACCCGACCAGCACAUACGUCAAUGCGAUUACGAACGAGCUAUUUCUCUCCGUCGCGGCACACCUUGCAAAUCGAGUCCCCGAGAGAAAACAAUACUAUGUCAGCUGGGCUCAGAAGGAAUGGGACUGGUUCACGAGCCAGUCCUUCAUUGGUGAAAACGGGACCAUCAAUGAUGGCCUUUUAGACAACUGCCAGAACAACGGAGCUACCGUAUGGUCGUACAAUCAAGGAGUUGUUCUCGGCGGAUUGGUUGAAUUGAAUAGAGCGGCACCCAAUAGUGCAUACCUGCCCUCGGCCAACAAGAUUGCAAAGGCAGCCAUUGCGACAUUGGCUGACUCGAACAAUGUUAUCCAUGAAUUCUGUGAGCCGCAAUGCCUCCCAGAUGGGACACAAUUCAAGGGAAUUUUUAUUCGCAACCUACGGAUGUUGCAGGAAGCAUCUCCGCAAGAUAUUUAUCGGAAUGUGAUAGAUAGCUGUGCGAACAGCAUCUGGAAUAAUGAUCGAAAUGAAAAGGGACAGUUCGGCGUCAACUGGGCUGGUCCCAUCGUUGCAGUUGUGGAUGCAUCGACGCAUAGCUCGGCCCUCGAUGCAUUGGUCGCGGCUGUUGCUGCACUGGGUACCUAG